AUGGCUUCCAACAUGCUGAAUCUCGGCGGAGGCGCGCACACGCAGGACUCCUUGCCCUCCCUGCCGACUCAUCUUCAGUCCGACACGCACAUUACUGCUCAUCUUGCCAGUCGCUUCCAUGUCGCUCACCCCACCGCUCGACUAUCGUCACACGGCCUCGUCUGCCUCAAUACCUACACUUCGUCAUCCAAGGGCCCCGAUGGUGGCAAGGAGGGAAGUGCCAUGGCUGGUGCCGAGGAUAUGGCUGACCGUGCCUGGCUGAGACUCGGCCACCGUUCAGAAAACCAAGCCGUCGUAUUCCUUGGUGAAUCCGGCUCGGGCAAGUCUACUAUCCGCUCACACCUCCUUACUGCCCUCCUCAACAAGUCCUCAACUCCGCUCUCCAGCAAGCUGUCUCUCGCCGCUUAUGUCUUCGACACCCUUACCACGACAAAGACUGCCACUACCCCAACGGCUUCCAAGUCGGGUCUCUUUUACGAGCUGCAAUACGACACGUCUUCCACAACAAACCCCAUUCUAAUUGGUGGUAAGAUCCUUGACCACAGACUGGAACGAAGCCGAAUCACCGAUGUUCCCACCGGUGAACGCAAUUUCCACGCACUCUACUAUCUUCUUGCUGGAACAAGUGCCGCUGAGAAGACUCAUCUGGGUCUUGACGACUCGCCCGUUGCCGGAGCCACCCGUUGGAAGUACCUCGGCCACCCUACGCAGCUCAAGGUUGGUAUCAAUGAUGCCGACGGCUUCCAGCUUUUCAAGACCGCCCUCAAGAAGCUCGAGUUUCCUCGCAACGACAUUGCCGAGAUCUGUCAGAUGCUUGCUGCCAUCCUCCACAUUGGUCAGCUUGAAUUCGAGAGCGCAAACGAUACCAGUGUCACUGGUGGUGACAGCGGUGGCUUCUCCCACGAAGGUGGCAAUGCCUUUACCGCAGUCAAGAACAAGGAUGUUCUCGCCAUUGUUGCUGCAUUCCUCGGCAUCAACGCCAAUGACCUGCAAACUACUCUUGGUUACAAGACCAAGAUGAUACAAAAGGAGCGCGUCACUGUCAUGCUUGAUCCUGCCGGCGCUCGUGCCCAUGCCAAUGAGCUCGCCAGGACUCUCUAUGCUCUGCUCGUUGCCUGGAUCAUGGAAUCGGCCAACCAGCGUCUUUGUGCUGCCGAGGAGUCCAUCGCCAACACAAUCUCCAUUGUCGACUUCCCUGGUUUUGUCCAGCAGAGCUCUACCCGAUCUGUUCUUGACCAGCUUCUGAACAACGCCGCCACCGAAGCCCUCUACAAUGUCACUCUUCACAAUUUUUUUGACCGCAAAGCCGAGAUGCUCGAGUCUGAGGAAGUCAGCGUUGCUCCCACAUCAUACUUUGACAACUCUGAUGCCGUCAAAGGCCUUCUCAAGUCCGGUAACGGCCUUCUGAGCAUUCUUGAUGACCAGACCCGCCGAAACCGAACCGAUAUGCAGCUCCUCGAGAGUUUCCGCAAGCGCUUCGAAGGCAAAAACGCGGCCAUUGAGAUCGGUUCCGCCACUGCCAAGCUCCCAGGAAGCAACUUCAUGACCGAAAACACAGCCGCUACCUUCACAGUCAAGCACUUUGCCGGUGAAGUGGACUAUCCUGUCAAAGGUCUCAUUGAAGAGAAUGGUGAGCUCAUUUCUGGUGAUCUGCUCAAUAUGGUGAACACAACCAAGAGCGAGUUUGUCGCUCGUCUCUUUGGACAGGAUGCCCUCCAAACUGUGACCCAUCCCAAUGAGAGAACCACUGUCAUGCAGGCCUCGGUCAGCUCUAAGCCUACUCGUGCUCCUAGCGUCAUGUCCCGUAAGGGCACUAGAGCUCGCGCGCCAGGCUCACGCCGCCAACAGCAGCAGGACGCCCUUGAGCGUCUCGAGCAACUUGGCGACUCUCGCGAAAAGGACUCUCGUCGCACCGCGACCCUCACUGGCAUUGAACAGGGUGCUUCGGGCCAAUUCCUGUCAUCGCUGGACAAUGUUCAAAAGGCCGUCACGGAUCCCGGUACCAACGUCUACUUUGUCUUCUGCUUAAAGCCCAACGACCGUCGCAUUGCCAACCAGUUCGACAGCAAGUGUGUCAGGACUCAGGUACAGACCUUUGGUAUCGCCGAGAUCAGCCAGCGUCUGCGCUCCGCUGAUUUCAGUCUAUUCUUGCCCUUUGGCGAGCUCCUUGGUCUCAUUGAUUCAGAGACCAUACUCGUUGGCAGUGAACGUGAGCGUGCUGAAAUUGUUAUUGAAGAGAAACGCUGGCCGGGCAAUGAGGUGCAGAUUGGCUCCACCGGCGUCUUCCUUAGCGAACGAUGCUGGAUGGAGGUUGCUCAAUUCUCCGCCAGUGGUCCUACUCGCGCAGGUGUCUCUGCUGAUGGCGAAAGCUAUGCUGUCUCUGAGCGUAAUCCCUUUAUCGCCUCCAAAGAGCAGCUCGUCUCUGGUGGCAACACUCCCCUCAUGUACGCCGGCGAGAAGACGAAGGCCGGGUAUUUUGCCGCGGGCGAUGACACUCGAUCUGAGGCUGGUGUCUCUGCUAUUGGUGGUGGCGAUAUGUUCAAGAACUUCGACACGCGUGAGCAGAUGGCAGAGCGAGGCAAUGAGAAAGACCUGGUUGAAGUCGAGGAGUACAAGGACAGCGCUAGCCGCAAGCGUUGGGUAUUCACUGUCUACUUGCUGACCUGGUUCGUCCCGGAUUUUCUCAUCCGCUGGAUUGGCCGCAUGCCCCGCAAAGAUGUCCGCAUGGCGUGGCGUGAAAAGCUCGCCAUCAACCUGCUUAUCUGGCUCCUCUGUCUCGUCGCCGCUUUCUUCAUUGUCGUUUUCCCCCUUCUCAUCUGUCCCAGGCAACAUGUGUACAGCCCAGCGGAACUGUCUUCAUACAAUGGCAAGUCGGGAAGUAAGGGGGCCCUAGUCUCUGUUCGUGGAAACGUCUUCGAUUUGGCUUCCUAUGCUCCUAGACACUACCCGCCUUACCUCCAGCCGAAGCUGCUGCUCAACUAUGCUGGCCUGGACAUCAGCUCUCUCUUCCCAAUUCAAGUCAGCGCUCUCUGCCAGGGGAAAGAUGGCAGCAUUAAUCCUGAAGUCACACUCGACUACAAGAACACAAACUUCACUGGCAUUUCCCCUGCGCUUAUCAGCAGUCAGGAUAUCAACGCCAAAUACCAUGACUUCCGCUACUUUACCAACGAUACCCGUCCGGACUGGUAUUAUGAGCAGAUGACAAUGCUGCGGGCUCUUUUCAAGAAAGGCAAUGUCGGCUACACGCCGCAGUAUGUAAAGAAGCUCAGCGAGAAGCAACAAACGAUUGGAAUUAUCAGUGGCCGUGUCUACGAUCUCACCACCUACAUGGCUGGUGGCCGUCGACUUCGCGCUAAACCUGGCGAGUCGCCUCCUGAUGACGCAUCCCUGGCAAACUUCAUGGCCGACGACGUCACUCAAAUGUUUCAAAUACAGUCUGGCUCAGAUAUGACCAAAUACUGGAACUCCUUGGCCAUGGAUGCAGCGCUGCGCCAGAGAAUGAAGACUUGUCUCGACAACCUCUUCUAUGUUGGUGACGUUGAUACUCGAAACUCAACUCGCUGUCAGCUGGCCACAUAUCUGGUCCUUGCUGUCACUAUUGUGCUGGUUUCCGUCAUUGCCUUCAAAUUCCUUGCUGCCUUGCAGUUCGGUGGCAAGAGCAUGCCCGAGAACCUUGACAAAUUUGUCAUUUGCCAAAUUCCUGCCUAUACCGAGGACGAAGACUCACUACGUCGCGCUAUCGACUCGGCUGCUAGAAUGAAAUACGAUGACAAGCGCAAACUGCUCGUCGUUGUUUGUGACGGUAUGAUUAUUGGUCAAGGAAACGAUCGCCCCACGCCUCGCAUUGUGCUCGACAUUCUUGGAGUUGCCGAUACCGUGGACCCCGAGCCUUUGAGCUUCGAAUCUCUUGGCGAGGGUCUGAAGCAACACAACAUGGGCAAGGUCUACUCCGGCCUCUACGAAGUCCAGGGUCACAUUGUUCCCUUCAUGGUCAUUGUCAAGGUUGGUAAGCCUUCCGAGGUCGGCCGCCCCGGUAACCGUGGCAAGCGUGAUUCUCAAAUGAUUGUUAUGCGUUUCCUCAACCGCGUUCACUACAACCUUCCCAUGAGCCCUAUGGAACUCGAAAUGUACCACCAGAUUCGGAACAUCAUCGGUGUUAAUCCCACAUUUUACGAGUUUAUGCUACAAAUUGACGCUGAUACUGUCGUUGCGGCCGACUCUGCUAGUCGCAUGGUGUCUGCCUUCAUCGACGACACGCGUCUGAUCGCUGUUUGUGGCGAGACGGCCCUGACCAACGCCAAGUCCUCUUUCAUCACGAUGAUUCAGGUCUACGAAUACUACAUUUCGCACAAUCUUUCCAAGGCAUUCGAGUCCCUCUUCGGUUCCGUCACUUGUUUGCCUGGCUGUUUCUCCAUGUACAGAAUUCGUGCAGCGGAGACUGGCAAGCCUCUGUUUGUCAGCCGCGAGAUCGUGGAAGAUUACUCUACGAUCCGUGUUGACACCCUGCACAUGAAGAACCUGCUGCACCUUGGCGAGGAUCGUUACCUUACGACACUCCUCCUCAAAUACCACAACAAGUACAAGACUAAGUAUAUCUUCACUGCUCAUGCCUGGACUAUUGCGCCUGAUUCCUGGAAGGUGUUCCUCUCGCAGCGUCGUCGCUGGAUCAACUCUACCGUCCAUAACCUCGUCGAGCUGAUUCCCAUGGCCCAGCUCUGUGGCUUCUGCUGUUUCAGUAUGCGCUUUGUUGUCUUUAUCGACUUGCUCAGCACCAUCGUUCAACCUGUCACCCUCGCCUACAUCGUCUACCUGAUUGUCCUCGUCAUCGAAAAUACAAGCGUCGUACCAGUGACCGCGUUCAUCCUUCUAGGUGUCAUCUAUGGUCUGCAGGCUAUCAUUUUCAUCUUGCGCCGCAAGUGGGAAAUGGUUGGAUGGAUGAUUCUGUACAUCCUUGCUAUUCCCGUCUUCAGCUUUGGUCUUCCCUUGUACGCUUUCUGGAACAUGGAUGACUUUGCCUGGGGUAACACUCGUGUCGUGGCCGGCGAGAAGGGCAAGAAGGUCGUCGUUUCCGACGAGGGCAAGUUCGACCCAAGCUCAAUUCCUCGCAAGAGGUGGGAAGACUACCAGGCCGAGCUCUGGGAGACUCAGACCUCGCGCGACGACUCGCGUUCCGAAGUCUCUGGCUACAGCUACGCCACCAAGGCGCACCCUCAUGUGUCCGAGUACGGCUACGUUAGCCGUCCAGGCUCAACGACUGGGCUGGUACCUGGCAUGCCUCAUGUGUCCCACGAUCCUCGCAGCAUGUCUCGCAUGUCGUUGGUCCACUCUGAGAUGGGCGGCGCCAACCGCAUGAGCACGUACGGCGGCUCCCAAUUCUUUUCUCCCGACGACAUGGUUGGCCUGCCCAGUGACGACGCGCUCUUGGCUGAGAUACGAGAGAUUCUUAAGACGGCAGAUCUUAUGACCGUCACUAAGAAGGGCAUCAAGCAAGAGCUCGAGCGACGCUUCGAUGUACCCCUCGAUGCCAAGAGGCAGUAUAUCAACAGCGCCACUGAAGCUCUUCUCUCUGGCCAACUGUGA